AAACACGGAAUAAAAACAAAGGUCUGGUUGACGUCCUGCCGUAAACGUGCCGUGGCAGCCGUCCCGGACGUGACGUCAUGUUGUGUUGAUGUUGUGACCGGACGCGCUGUGGACGGAAGAGGGAGACGCGUUUUGUUUUUAUUCAACUAAACCGUUGAAAAGGAGCAGAAACGUCGCUUUUGUGUCCAUUUCGGGUCGAUAAGAGCCUUAGCUCGGUGAUUGGUGCCAAACGGCCGGGCUGGAGGGCGAGUAGACCGUCUUAUUUGAUCUAGAAAGGGAGGACUUGUCACCCUCUGACCCCCUCUCUGCUUCCUCCACACUCUCCACCAUGACUAUUCUCCCGAAGAAGAAGCCUAGCUCCGGGGUCGGCGUCUCGGACCACGCAGAUGACAGCGAUCGUCGGACCGGCUCCGACCCUCACCAACAUCCUCACCCGCACUCAGGGCGAACUGGAACCCGACCGAGGGCUUCCCCUCCGCCUUGGUCCUACCAGCCCGCUCCACCCUCCGCCAGGGACGACAGGCGGAGCAUUGAGGCGAGCCCCCGGCCGCAGCAGGCCUCUCCGCCGCCCGUCGGCUCCGUGUCCCCUGUGGGGCCGGGCGAUGGUCGGGACAACAGCGGCGGAAUGGUUGCCGGGUCCCGCGGAGAGCUCGUCGUGUCGUCCGGCGUCGUCGGAUGCGGCGGAGGCAUCGGCAGCUGCUGCUCCGGGCCCGGGCUGAGCAAGAGGCGGAGGCAGGCAGGCACCUGCUCCGGUGGGGUGGUGGGGGCGCUGGCCGGCGGAGGCCAGCCCGGGGUGACCGGACCGGGAGGUGUAGGGUCCAGCCAGGACACGGAGGAAGGAGCCGGAAACAACAGCGAGGACGAGUACGAGAACGCCGCCCGGCUUCAGUCCAUGGACCCGGCUACUGUGGAGCAGCAGGAGCACUGGUUUGAAAAAGCUCUGAGGGAGAAGAAAGGAUUUGUGAUCAAGAAGAUGAAGGAGGAUGGCGCGUGUCUGUUCAGAGCUGUCGCUGAUCAGGUGUAUGGAGACCAGGACAUGCAUGAAGUGGUGCGGAAACACUGUAUGGACUACCUGAUGAAGAACGCAGAUUAUUUCUCCAACUACGUGACAGAGGACUUCACCACAUACAUCAACAGGAAGAGGAAAAACAACUGCCAUGGCAACCACAUCGAGAUGCAGGCCAUGGCGGAGAUGUACAACAGGCCAGUGGAGGUUUACCAGUACAGCACAGAACCAAUCAACACUUUCCACGGCAUCCAUCAGAACCACGACGAACCAAUCAGAGUGAGCUACCACCGCAACAUCCACUACAACUCCGUGGUUAAUCCCAACAAGGCCACGAUCGGGGUUGGACUGGGACUGCCCGCCUUCAAACCUGGGUAUGCGGACCAGUCUCUUAUGAAGUCGGCCAUCAAGACGUCAGAGGAGUCGUGGAUCGAGCAGCAGAUGCUGGAGGACAAAAAGAGGGCGACGGACUGGGAGGCCACCAACGAGGCCAUUGAGGAGCAGGUGGCCCGGGAGUCUUACCUGCAGUGGCUGCGGGACCAGGAGAAACAGGCCAGACAGCCUCGUAAGGCCAGUGCCACCUGCAGCUCGGCAACAGCGGCUGCUUCCAGCGGGCUAGACGACUGGAGCGCUCGGUCACCACGGCAACGUGACUCAGACCCCUCCCACUCUGACCUCACAACUCCCCCAUCAACCAACAACAAGCCCCCUUCCCCUGCAGGAGCUGCCCUCAUCCUGAGCAAACCCCCCUCCCCCUGCGCCCCAGGUCCCAGUAAUCAGAGUCGUCACCAUUUGGAGUACAGAGCCAUCAUGCAGGAGAUGUCACCUACAGCGUUUGGCCUGACAGACUGGGAGGACGACGAGAUCCUGGCGUCGGUGCUGGCGGUGUCUCAGCAGGAGUACCUGGACAAAAUCAAGCACCAGAGCGCCGCCAUGCAUCGAGAGAGAGAGCCAUCACCCGACAGCAGCUGAUAACUGGCCCGAUACGCACAAAACAAAACAAAAAAACGCGCACACACAACAACAAUGACCCUUCAACCCCAGCAUCCCAACCCCACCAUUACUCUCCUGCCCCUCCCCCACUUCACCUCUGACCCACUGAAGGAGCUCCACCAGGGAAAAAAUAAAACAUCCAACAAUGAU